AUGAGCUCAUCGGAGAAGACAAAAGUUGAAGAUCUGGUGAUGAGCUUCUUUAGGGAUCCGGUGACAUCACCAACGAUGAACCUAGUGAUGCAUAUCACGACCAAGGAUGACAUAUGGGGCAGCUACAUUAAGGAACAUCCUGAUGCUGAAAAGAAGCUGCUGCCACGAGAGGAAAUUCGAUGUAUUGAGAUAGGAGAGUCCAGCAAGCACAAGAACCUCAAAUCCCUUGAUACAUCAACUGGUGAAAAUAAAGACAUGGCAGCGUCUAGGAAUGAGGAAAAGGUCAUCCGGGUCAGCAAUCUCUCAGAGGACACUCAUGAAGCUGGCUUGCAUGAACUAUUUAGCCGUUUUAGGCCACCAACCCGUGUUUAUGCUGCCAUUGACCACAAGUUUGGUUUGAGCAGAGGCUUUGGGUAUGUCAAUUCUGUCAACAUGGAAGAUGCUGAGAGAGCUAUCAAUAAGCUCAGUGGAUUUGUUUAUGACAGUCUCAUCCUGCACGUUGAGUGGUCCCCACCAAGAUCAUUAUUUGACUGGGAUCCCAAUGGCAAUCAGGGCCCCACAGUGCCAUAG